UGUUUUUCGCUCGGAGAUUCAUUGUGUUUCAGACGAGUUAAGUGCCGUUUUAGGAUCAGAGACCCAUGUGAAUACGGAUUCUUUCGGCUAUUUACAAGUAUUUACUGCAAAUCGCAGCAAUAUUUCGAUAUUUUAUUUUAAAGACCAUUGCGGGACUCUAUGGAUGACCCAUCAAUCAAAAAGCGAUUGAUUGAUUUUGGUACCGACGAUCAUGAGUACGAUGAAGUCCAUGAACUACCAGAGGAAUCAAACAAUCAGUUAUUGCAGUCAACAUCAACUUCACAAAAUAGCCAUACUGGAGACAACAGUGCCGUAGCAUCAAGCACUACUGCUGUCGCUGGGGGCACAGCAACCGAGGAUUCGCUGCCAGAGUUGCCACCUCCAAAGCAGAAAUCUGUAAAGAAUUCCAAGAAUAAACAAAAGCAGAAAUCAGCCAACAAAUCAAAAAUACCACGAUCUCCGUCUCUGGCUAGCAGCUUUAGUAGCUUGGCUAGCAGCUUUAGUGGCAGCCAUAACAAUAAUAACAACGUUCCACCACAGACGCCUCCAUUGCCAAGCAGUUAUCAACAGCAGAAUAAAAAAAAUAAGGCGAAACUUAUGAAUGGUGCGGAGAACUCUGAUUGUGCAAGUGCAACGCCAGUGGCUGCACUUGCCGUACCCGGACCAUGUGAGAGCAAUCUAAUGGGAACUGGUGUCCUAUUAAGUCCAGUUCUUACAGCUGAUGGCGACGGUAUCACUAACGUGGGAACCAGCCCGUGUUCAACGGGUAGUCGUCCUCAGACACUCCAACUAACUCCAAUUGCCCCAGUGCAAAAACCAAUGACUCCCAACCCAGCAUCACCAAAAAAUUUUCAGUAUUUAACCUUAACUGUUCGGAAGGAUGAUAAUGGCUAUGGUAUGAAAGUAUCCGGCGACAACCCGGUUUUUGUGGAAAGCGUAAAGCCCGGUGGAGCUGCACAAAUUGCUGGUUUAGUUGCCGGAGACAUGAUCUUGAAGGUAAAUGGACAAGAAGUUCGGCUGGAAAAACACCCGACUGUUGUGAGUUUAAUCAAAGCUUCCACAAUUGUGGAACUGUCUGUAAAACGCAGUCAAAAGAUGUCUAGGCCCACAUCUGUGGGAAUUGUGCCAACGACACCGGUACUCUCGGGCCGCGAUCGCACAGCCUCAAUUACUGGACCCCAACCUGUUGAUAGCAUUAAACGACGAGAGAUGGAAACGUACAAGAUUCAAACCCUACAAAAAAUGUUGGAGCAAGAAAAAUUAAAUCUGGAGCGUCUUAAAGGCGACACAAACAAUCCCAGCUAUAAACUGUCGGAGGCAAACAUACGAAAGCUGCGUGAACAAUUACGUCAAGUAGGAGCUGAGGAUAUGCCAGCAAUUAAAUGUCAAGCCGCUGCAAUCGACAAAAAUACUGAUUUACUAAUACACAAUCAAAUUCCAAAUUUGUCUGUUGUCACUACUCAUCACAAUCAGCAGCACCAUCUUCACAACAACAACAAUCAUCACCACCAACAGGCUAGCACACCACAGUCGCAAUCAACACAACACACAUCACCCGCAUUCCUAUCGCUACUGCCACGCUCACUUUCGUCUCUUUCGCUGGGUACGCGAAAGAAUAAGAUCGACAAAGAUUUGCUAACCUCGACACUAAAUAAUACAACGGACGUGUUACCCCAGCAGCGAAUUCAAGAUGCUUUUAAUCCAAUGUCGCAGUCCCUUUACCACCAUGUCCAAACGAACACGUCGAAUAUCCAUCAGAAUACGCAGCGUAGUUUGCAACAACAAUAUGUUUAUCAGCAGCAACGAUUAAGAGAAAAUUUAAAAUCAGCAUCAGGAUCAAAGUGUAAAAACAUGUUUACAAUAUCAAAGAGCUUGAUCGAGGAAGAUAUUCCGCCGCCCCUACCACAGCGUAAUCCAACAAGGCAACUUACCUUGGAUUUGGGUAAUGCAAACAGUGCCCACCUUUUUUCCCCGAUUUCCGACUUGGAUCGUGCUGGCAGUCCCCAGCGGAGUUCACCGAAGUCGAGCGCAAAUACAAACGACAACAGUAGUCCUGUAAUUAAUAACAAUAACAAUAACAGCAGUGCCAAGGCAAAGCGAUCAAAAGUCAAAGCUAAAGCUUUAUCGGAUCCAAAAAUGACAACGCAAAUGUUUUUACAAAUGGAAACAACUAAUAGGUCACUUGUAACUGAAGAUGUGAGUAAUUGUGGCAACAUGGAAGUAGACAAUGUUCCCCCGCCUUUGCCUCCACGGCAGCCGGGGAUGUUGUCAGAAGAGAUAAAUCGUGGCAGCUGCCAGAACCUAAAUACUGGACGUGCACAACCAAAUUCUGUAGGUACUGGUUACAAUUAUCCACUUGUUUCGACAUGUACUGCAGUUCAAAGCGACAAUAUAAAGGCGGCCUUUCCAUUAUCGCAACGCCCCAACAUAGUUAAGAAAUUGCAACAGAACCAGCAACAACAACAGCCACUCGGCGGUAUGUCCACAGCAGUCCUAGGUCAAACACCCCCGCUAAAUCAAAUGAAACAUCGACGCGUUGGCUCUUCACCGGACAAUAUGCAUCCAAGACACCCGGAUAGACUAGUAAAAACCACCUCUGGCUCUUGGGAGAUCGUGGAGAAAGAUACCGAGAUAACGCCACCAGGUACUCCACCGCCGCCUUACUUAACAAGUUCACACAUGCCCGUACUUGAAGAUCCAAAUGAAAGCUGCAGUGGCGGAGCUGGAAUAUUUAUAGAAGCACAUCACUUUACGCCACUGGCGUGUGCAACCUCACCUUCGCAGCAGCCUCUACAUUCCAGCCGCAUACAGGCGGCUCAGUCUACAGACACUCAGAAGGAAAUUAUAUCAAUGGAAGACGAGAACUCUUCUGAUCAGGAAGAACCAUUUAUCGAUGAGAAUGGACCAUUUAACAACUUAACCCGGUUGCUUGAGUCCGAAAAUGUUGUUUUUCUAGCUGUCUUCCUUAACUAUGUUUUAUCCAAUUCCGAACCAGCACCACUUCUUUUCUAUCUUAUAACUGAACUAUACAAGGAGGGUACUUCCAAGGACAUGCGAAAAUGGGCCUAUGAAAUACACUCAACUUUCCUUGUACCGCGUGCACCGCUGUCUUGGUAUCGACAAGACGAGUCCUUAGCGAGGGAAGUCGACAAUGUGCUACAGCUGGAAUUCGAUAAAGUGGAAAUAUUGCGAACUGUGUUUUUACGCAGUCGCAAACGGGCCAAGGACAUCAUUAGCGAACAGUUACGGGAAUUUCAACAGAAACGCACGGCCGGUCUGGGAACCAUAUAUGGGCCUACCGACGACAAGCUCGCUGAAGCGAAGGGGGACAAGCAGAGGGAACAAAUUAUCGACAAAUAUCUUAUGCCUAACCUGCAAUUGUUAAUUGAAGAGUUUGAAAAGGAUUUGCCACAAGAAGAUGCUCGGAAACUUGCCUUGUGUUCUGCUCUUUCAACGGUGAUAAACCGCAUAUUUACGACGCGUUCGCAUCCAAACAGUAUAGUGGAUCGUGUACACCAUUUCGUUAGCCGUGAAAAGAGUUUCAAAUCACGAAUAAUGGGCAAAAAUCGGAAGAUGAUUGUACGGGGUCAUCCAUUAGUAUUACGACAAUACUACGAAGUGACACAUUGUAAUCAUUGCCAAACGAUUAUAUGGGGUGUGAGCCCGCAAGGUUAUCAUUGCACAGACUGUAAAUUAAACAUUCACCGUCCGUGCUCGAAAGUGUUAGAUGAAAGCUGCCCGGGACCUCUUCCUCAGGCAAAACGACACCCGCACAACGACAAUAAAAUUAGUAAAUUUAUGGGUAAAAUAAGGCCCCGGACGAGUGAUUUUAUAGCAAAUGAAAAACGCGCUCGUCAGGAUGAGGACAUGGAUGCAGAGUCAAUUAACGACCGCGUACACUCAUCAAUUGUUCGCCAGCCAUCAGACCGCAGGCUUGAUGCUAACAUAUCGAUUCGUUCUAAUGGCAAUACAUCCAGUAGCACCUCUGUGCUUAAUAGUAGCGAUCUGCAAAAUUCUUUUCACGCUACCAGCAACGCCAACGAAAGUGCUACCAGUAGUGGUGGCUUCGUAGGUGCCUCAGAUCUUACUAUAAGCUCGGGUUCUACGACUUUAUCUAAUUGUUUGACAGGCGGGAGUGGUAUGACUUCUAUAAGUGAUCUAAAUGCACCUGAAUCGGCCGAUAGUAAGGAUGCGCGAAAAGAAACUUUUUACCAACAUAACAAAAGCGCUCCGGUAUCGGUAAACCGCUCAGAGUCGUACAAGGAACGACUUUCAAACAAGCGGAUCCGUAAUAGCCGUCGCAAAACUUCAGACCCGAGCUUAUCAUCGCGAACCAAUGAUGACCAAGCAGACCUGGGCCUCUCAACAUCAAACUAUACGGGAAGCUCAAGUUCUAGUCUCUCUUCGGGAGGUGGCUCUGAUAGUCCAAGUACCUCAAUGGAGCAGGUUGCUAGUGGUAUUGCCACGGCAACCAUUGGGACAGCCGUCAUAACCAGUGCAGCCAAUUUUCACCAGCAUCCACAUAUCCUUAUGCAGCAGCACGCAAAUCAGCACAGUCAGCAAGAUUCGUUUCAAGGUAGCGUGGGAAGUAACAGUAGUGCCAGCAACACAAGCUUCUGGAAUGCCGGACAACCUGUGCAACGUCAGUGGAAUUUUGAAAGCGAUGAUGACGAUCUCAAUGAAACGGACUGGAGUUCAAUAGUUGCUGUUGAGAUGCUUGCAGCGCUAACAGAUGCUGAAAAAAAGCGACAAGAAAUUAUAAAUGAAAUCUAUCAAACAGAACGAAAUCACGUCCGCACUCUUAGAUUAUUGGAUCGUUUGUUCUUUUUGCCUCUCUAUGACAGUGGUUUGCUGUCCCAAGACCAUUUAUUGCUAUUAUUUCCCCCUGCAUUGCUAUCGUUGCGUGAGCUUCAUGGUGCCUUCGAACAAAAGCUUAAGCAACGUCGCGUAGAUCAUAAUCACGUGGUACAACACGUUGGUGAUUUGCUCUCGGACAUGUUUGAUGGUAAAUCUGGUGAGGUGCUUUGUGAACACGCUGCUUCAUUUUGCGCUCGCCAGCAAAUAGCACUUGAAGCAUUAAAAGAAAAGCGACACAAGGACGAACAAUUGCAAAAAUUGCUUAAAAAAUCGGAGUCACAUAAGGCUUGUCGUCGACUAGAGCUGAAGGACUUAUUGCCCACGGUAUUACAGCGACUGACCAAAUAUCCUCUUCUGUUUGAGAAUCUUUAUAAGGUCACUAUUCGAGUACAACCUGAAAACACCACUGAAGCAGACGCUAUACAGCGCGCCGUGGAGUCGUCGAAGAAGAUUCUUGUUGAAGUAAACAAGGCUGUCAAAACAGCUGAAGAUGCUCACAAGUUGCAGAACAUUCAACGCAAAUUAGACAAAUCUUCAUAUGAUAAAGACGAAUUUAAAAAACUAGAUUUAACACAACAUCGUCUCGUUCAUGACGGAAACUUAACGAUGAAAAAGAAUCCUAGUAUACAACUUCAUGGAUUGCUUUUUGAAAAUAUGAUAGUUUUGCUAACAAAACAGGACGAUAAAUAUUUACUAAAGAAUCUUCAUACACCACUAGCUGUCAGUAAUAAGCCUGUAAGCCCUAUUAUGAAUAUUGACUCGGAGACUUUAGUGCGUCAGGAAGCCGCUGAUAAAAAUUCGUUCUUUUUAAUAAAGACAAAGACCUCUCAAAUGCUAGAGCUUCGGGCGCCUAGCAGCUCUGAGUGCAAAACGUGGUUUAAACACAUAUCUGAUGCUGCUGCACAACAAUAUAAGCCUCGAUUGAAAAAUGCUAACAAUCAAGAUGCGCCUAGUGAUGACCCUGUUAUCCCCACAACACCGCAUUCACAUACCAGAGAGUCAGUGGAACAAACGCCUGACCGUUCCCAACCAACAAGCGCUACUGCAAUUGUUACUACAACUCCUCUGGCACCGCUUCUACCAAUAGCUACUGUAGCACCAGCCCCAACCACAAUUAAUAACUAUGACAGUGGUGCUCAGCUAAGUAAUUGCCGUCGCGAAAGCACUAACACUGAUAAUGAAGGCUAUUACAACAUAAUGGCUAAGCGACGCCUCAGCCAAAACGACACAAGCGCGGUCAUAAGUCGUACCAUGUCCACGCGUAGCUGUGGAGAGUCUAACAAUAACUAUCCCACCAUUACUCAGGAUAUAAAUACUGUAUGUUUGCGUCACACCCAAUCAGCACGUGAGGCCAAUAACGAGGACCGCGCAAUGAACUACGAGUUAAUAGGCGGACAGUCAAAGCGCGACAGCGCUAGCAUCGUUUGCUCGAAUAAUUCUAAUAACACUCGCACAUUACUCAUGCAGUCACCCCUUGUUGAACCAACCGCGAUUCAAAUUAGCAUAAGCCCUGCGCACACUGCCGAGCCGGUGUUGACGCCAGCUGAGAGAUUACGUCGCCUAGAUGCUUCUAUUCGAAACGGUUUACUGGAGAAGCAGAGAAUUAUUUGUGAUAUAUUUCGCUUGCCAGUGGAGCAUUUUAACGAAAUUGUCGAUAUUGCUAUGAUGCCAGAAGCACCCAAAGACAGCGCUGAUAUUGCACUAGCUGCCUAUGAUCAAGUCCAGAUGUUGACCAAAAUCUUAAAUGAUUACAUGCAUGUGUCUCCGGAAAUGGAGAUAUCAGCUGUAUCGACGGCUGUGUGUGACCAUUGUCACGAAAAGGAAAGGCUUCUCAAUAUUGCAAUGUCUCCGCCACCAUUACCGAAACCAAAAAAGCAACAGCAGGCUCAACAGCAAACACCACAGCUAAAGAAAACAUCAAAACAUAAAUCACUUCUUGUUGAAGAGGUAGCUAUACAUGAAGAUGACGACGGAUAUUGCGAAAUUGACGAGUUGCGUUUGCCUUCUAUUCCUGCAAAGUCAUCAGAUACGGCUACCCCGUUGGCGCCCUUUAAGUUUUUAAAUGUGCCAGCUACAGAAAAUAGUUUGAUAUUGCCUCAGUCAAACAGCAAUAAUACUGAUAUAGACAAAAGACAAAGCACCAUUAGUGUUGAUGGCAUUUGUGGAGAAUCGCCUGAUGAGUUGCAUUCAGGUGUAGGUUUCAAUGCCCAUAACUCAGAGGCAUCAAUAACCCUUAAAGCUCCAAAAUUAAAUGAAUCAACUGAAAUAAUAGAGCAUAUAACUUUAUCUGAACUUAACGAUAAGAAUCAAAUACUAGCAACAAAAAUGACAAACCAGUCGUCUCAACAGACGGGAGACUCGUUCGAUGCGAAGCAAAAUGAGGAAUCUGCAGACAAAAGUGACCACAUUGAAAUUAAUGAUGUGUAUGAUAAUUUGCAGGCUGCACUUAAUAGGACUCACACAAGAUUAUCCACGGAUGACAUUUCCCCAAAAACAACACAGGCAAUGCCUCCAGCUGAAGUGGAAAAAGGGGCAGGCUCAGCACCCACUGUUGGAAACGUAUGUAGACUUAACCGCAUUCAGCACGCUAAUUCUCUAGAGCCAAGCGUUCCAUGUCAUGCUCUCAGCAGUAUUGUAAAUGUGUUGAAUGAGCAAAUUUCUCUACUUUUGCCCAAAAUUAAUGAACGCGAUGUUGAGCGCGAGCGUCUACGCAAGGAAAAUCAACAUUUACGUGAACUUUUAAGUGCCAUGCAUGAUCGUCAGCGAGUUGAUGUAAUACAGCACACUCCAACCGAUAUCCUGACGAUUAUGCAAGCGGCUGACGCAGAAUUCGAAGAUGAUAUUGACUCAAUUUCCAACAUAUCCCUUACACCAACACCCACACCGUUACCUUCCGAUUGUACUGUUGAAGCAAAGGGAGAUUCGCAGGAUCUUCCAUCACAUUUAGCUGCAGACUUUCUGGAAACCAAGGAUUCUAAACAAAACGUUGACCGUGAUAUACAAUUGCCAGGCGAUUCUCACAGGCAACCAGAAACCUUAUUAGAUGCCGCCGAUGAAAAUAAAACAAUGGAGCAGCAACGCGAAGAUAAAAGCGUUAAGAACUAGCGACAGAAUGCAACACCUUACCUGGUGUUAAACAUUCCGCAUUGUCUUUUGCGAAAAUGAUGCGGUGGACCUACAAUACUGUGACUGCUCCUUCAUGCAAUGUCUUAAGAAAGCGUUGAAAUAUACAAUAGCUUCUUUUAUGCAGGUUUAAGCACAAAUCUUUGCAACGCCAUUGUCCAAUUGAAUUGGCAGCGUCUGUGUUAAUAUGGCCUUAUUAAAACAUUCAACUACUUAUUAUAGCUACUUUUGCUUUACUAAGUUGUAACUUGUAGUGGCUUAAGGGUGAAAUAAGUUUUGCUUUAAAAUACCUAUGUAAAUUCCAUUUAGUGACAUUAAAUAAUUUAAUACAAAUUAAUAUUAGUCAUUUUGCGAUAAAAAGCAAUUAUUGUAUAUGAAAUAUUACGAAUAUACUUGAUGUAAAACAAACG